AUGGACGUUGAGACGGCGGACGUUGCGUCUGGCCGCAGCCAGCUGCGCGUCUUUGACGUGCAGAGCCUUGUCAGCGGCGCGAAAGCUGUCGAGUACACAGAUGGCGAUGUCAUGGGCUGGGGCCUGCGCAACAGCGUCGGCAUCGCGCAUAAUCCCACCACGGGAGACAUUUGGGCAGUAGACAAAUCGUUGGACGACACGCAUCGCUUCGGCGUGGACAUUCACAACAGCAACCCGGGAGAGGGGAUGAACUUUUACGGACGGACCAACGACACGGCCAACUACGGCCGGAACUUUGGCUACCCAGGCUGCCUGGCCGUCUUUGAUACGACCAACGUCGAGACCUAUAUCCACGGCUUGCAGAAGCCGAUGAUUGGGGACCAGUUCGUGGGGGACCACCAGCCACAGUACUCGGACUUGUGGUGCCGGUAG